UCCAUCUUAACUUCUUGCCUCUUCCCCAAGCCAGCCAGCAUUCUAUUCUACAUGGAACUUCCUCUACAGAAACAGUAAAAGAAAAACCCAAAGAUCUCCUAAAUACUCUUUCAUUCUCUCCUCCUCCUCUCCACUCUCCCCUCCAAUCCUCAGUUUUCCGAUGUCGAUAUUCGAGUACAAUGGAAGUGCCAUAGUAGCUAUGGUAGGCAAGAACUGCUUCGCUAUAGCUAGCGACCGACGACUUGGAGUAAACCUUCAAACAGUCGCUACUGAUUUCCAGCGAAUCUACAAAAUCCACGAUAAGCUCUUUGUCGGUCUCUCUGGCCUUGGCACUGACGCCCAAACUCUGUAUCAGAGGCUUGUUUUCCGUCACAAAUUGUAUCAGCUGCGAGAAGAAAGGGACAUGAAGCCUGAGACUUUUGCUAACCUUGUUUCUGCUGUACUUUAUGAGAAAAGGUUCGGUCCGUAUUUCUGCCAACCUGUUAUUGCUGGAUUGGAUGAUGAUGACAAGCCAUUCAUUUGCACAAUGGAUUUCAUUGGGGCCAAGGAACUUGCAAAAGAUUUUGUUGUUGCUGGCUCAGCCUCUGAGUCCCUUUAUGGUGCCUGCGAAGCAUUUUUCAAGCCUGACAUGGAACCUGAUGAAUUAUUUGAAGUUGUAUCCCAAGCGUUGCUAGCAUCAGUAGAUCGGGACUGCUUGAGUGGUUGGGGAGGACACAUCUAUAUUGUGACCCCUGAUGAUAUUAAAGAGAAAAUCCUAAAGGGAAGGAUGGAUUGACAGCAGCCCCCCUCAUGUCCAAUAGGGCACCAGAUCUUUCUUGCCAGACCAUAUACUUGGAGUCUGAACGGAAACAUUCUGGUUUCUUUGUUAAUGAAAAGCUAUUAUCUUGCAGCAACGGUUAAAUUAUGUGAUUUGGAUAAAAUUUCGAAGUGCAUUAACAAAGUUUAACUUCAUUGCCAAGAAAUGAUGUUGUUUUGAAUGCGGCCUUUACUUCUAAGAUUGAUAUGCUAAUUAUUGUUAUGUUAGGUGGACUUACCAUUCAAUGAUCGGUUAUUUCCAUGAGUCUGAAAGCCUAGAGGUGAGCGUGCAUGGCAGCUAUUUUGGCUGAAUGAUUGUCUGAAUACUCGUGAAGGCCUUUUCUGUUUUGCACUUGUAAGCAGAAGCCGGGAAUCCAAAAUUCACAUGUUGGCAAACCGGAGGAUGUGGUGCAACUUGUAAGUAAUCAUUGUGACAGUAACGGUCUUGUGGCAAUUUUUGCAAUUUAACUAGGUUCUCACGCGUGAUCAUCUGAGUCCGUGGAUUGCCAAUCUGUUAUGAUAAUUUCAUAGGAUCUGUGUAGACUAUUGAGUAUUGAAUGUUAUUAUUUGAGAUUGUGUUA